AUGUCUAUCACGCCGACUCCGCUUGGCGAAGGGAAGAGCACGACCACCAUCGGGCUGUCGCAGGCGCUGGGCGCCGAGCUGGGCCGCAACGUGUUCGCGUGCGUGCGUCAGCCUUCGCAGGGACCCACGUUCGGCAUCAAAGGCGGCGCUGCCGGCGGCGGCUACUCGCAGGUGAUCCCGAUGGAGGAGUUCAACCUGCACAUGACUGGCGACAUCCACGCCAUCACGGCGGCCAACAACCUGCUGGCGGCGCAGCUUGAGGCGCGCAUGUUCCCCGAGUCGACGCAGACGGACGCGGCGCUGUUCGGGCGGCUUGUGCCGGCGCGCAACGGCGCGCGCGCCUUCUCGCCCAUCCAGCUGGGCCGGCUGCGGCGCCUCGGCAUCGAGAAGACAGAGCCGGACGCGCUGACCGAGGAGGAGGUGCGCCGCUUCGUCCGGCUUGACAUCGACCCGGAGACCAUCACCUGGCAGAGAGUGAUCGACACCAACGACCGGUUCCUGCGCCGCAUCACCGUCGGCCAGUCGGACACGGAGAAAGGGCGCACUCGCGUCUGCCAGUUCGACAUCACCGUGGCCAGCGAGGUGAUGGCCGUGCUGGCGCUGACCACCAGCCUGCGAGACAUGCGUGACCGACUGGGCCGCUGCGUGGUGGCGUCCGAGCGCGGCCAUCCCGUCACCGCCGACGACCUGGGUGCCGGCGGCGCCAUGACGGUGCUGAUGCGGGACGCCAUUCGCCCGACGCUGAUGCAGAGCCUGCAGGGCACGCCCGUGUUCGUCCACGCCGGCCCGUUCGCCAACAUCGCGCACGGCAACUCCAGCGUGCUGGCCGACAAGAUCGCGCUCAAGCUGGUCGGCGAGAAGGGCUACGUGGUGACGGAGGCCGGCUUCGGCGCCGACAUUGGCAUGGAGAAGUUCUUCAACAUCAAGUGCAGGGCGUCGGGCCUGGCGCCGGACGCCGCCGUGCUGGUCGCCACGGUGCGCGCGCUCAAGAUGCACGGCGGCGGACCGGCCGUCACUGCCGGCGUGCCGCUCGCUCCCGCCUACACCCAGGAGGACACCGCGCUCGUGGAGAAGGGUUUUGCCAACCUCAACAAACAGAUCCAGAACACGCUCAAGUUUGGCGUGCCCGUGGUGGUCGCCAUCAACAAGUUCAGCACUGACACUGACGCCGAGCUGGAGCUUAUCCAGCGCUUGAGCCGCGCCGCGGGCGCCGCCGACGCCGUCAUCUGCACCCACUUCAGCGGAGGUGGCGCCGGCGCCCGCCAGCUGGCCGAGGCCGUGGAGCUGGCCUGCCAGCAGCCCAACAGCUUCAGGUUCCUCUACGACCUGACGCUGCCCAUCGUCGACAAGAUCCGCAUCAUCGCGCGCCAGAUCUACGGCGCCGACGACGUGCAGCUGUCGGAGCAGGCGCAGGCGCAGGUGGAGCGCUACACCCGCCAGGGCUUCAGCGAGCUGCCUAUCUGCAUGGCCAAGACGCACCUGUCGCUGUCGCACGACCCCAGCUGGAAGGGCGCGCCGACCGGCUUCACCCUGCCCAUCCGGGACGUGCGCGCCAGCGUCGGCGCCGGCUUCCUGUACCCGCUGGUGGGCACGAUGAGCACCAUGCCCGGCCUGCCGACUCGGCCUUGCAUCUACGACGUCGACCUGGACCUGGACAACGGCGACGUGCAGGGCCUGUUCUAAGCCGGACCGGUGGCGCCACCUGUGGCCGGCCCGGGCCUGCGGAGUCGCUGGUGCCGCGCCGGGUCGCUGCGGGCGCCGCCGCCCGCCGGCAGCUGCCUCUCG